AUGACACAACGCGCCAAUCAGGCUAAAAUCGACUAUGCUAAAAAGAAACUUAAAGCAACACCAGAAUAUCAGAAUGCAGAUGAGGAAACACAAAGAAAGAUGAUUGAGGAGUCAAAAAACGCCAUUAUAUUAAAUCUGAAAGCAAAUAAUAAACAUUGGACUCAACUGCAGCCUGAUCCUCAAGAAGUUAUUGAUUGGGACUUCCUCCCUAUACGUAAAACUUCUAUCCCUUCUACAGAUCCUGACAAUUCUGAGCAUGAAGUUUAUGAAGACGAUAGUAAUGAGGAUGAUAAUGCCUCAGAAGAAGAGUGUACUGAUGAAGAUGAGAAUAUGGAAGAUGAACCUAUUGAUGAAGAAGCUGCAUCUCAAUCUAUCAAUAAGGUUCAAGAACAACUUCAUAAUGAUUUCGAUGGUAUUGCUUUCAAGUUUAUUCGUUUAUAUUGGUAUAAUGCCUUUCUAACACUUAAUGAUAAAAUAAAGAAUGAAAUCCCAAAGAAUAAUCAUAUAGAAUCCUCACCAGCUGAAUUCUUUACUACAGCUGAGCUUGGUGCUAUAAUGAAUAUUCUCUCAUGGAAGCAUGAUGCUACUCUUCCUGGUGGUGAUAUAUGGUGGAAUAAUUUCCCUGAAAUAAAGGAGAGAGUCUUUAGCGGUAAAGGUAAUGCUGAAAAUGCAAAGAAAGCCUAUGAAUUAAUAUUUAUGCCUUGGGAACAAAAUGACCUAAUACCAGAACUAGCUGAUACAUUAGAAGAGUCAGACAGUAUUCUUAUAGUUAAAUAA